AUGGCUUCAAUCAUCGACGAGUUCAGUUUUAACCACCCUCAGAACCAGGGUUAUAGUAAAUCGAAGAGGCUGGUCCUUCUCCCUCAAAACGAUCCCAGUUAUAUCAUGUUGGAGAAGAAAUUUUUGAAGGGCUGGAAGCAUCCCAAUAAGCAGAAACCUGCUGUCCACGGAAUCUUCAAGAUUCUUUCGUUAGAAACGAGUCUUGAACCCUUUCAUCAAUACAGAGCUCGUGUCGCAGCCCACCCUUCCCUUAAUACUCAGAAGAAGAACCCUGCAAAUGAACAAUUAUUGUUUCAUGGUACAAACCGAUGUUGUUUGUUAGUUGAGGAUGGGAAUAGAAUCCGUCUUUGUGGUCUUCCGCAGUGUCAUCUAUGUUGUGUGGUACGCAACUCAUUUGACGUUACUAAGUGUGGUACAAAACACAAAUUUCGGCGGUUUGGGAAUGGAAUAUACACAACCGCGUGUUCGUCAAAAGCCGAUGAUUAUACGAACAAUGCAGACAACAAUUGCAACCUUCGGGUGCUCUUAGUGAAUCGCGUCAUUGUUGGGAAACCUCACAAACGGCGUCAGAAUGCUACCAAUCUGACCGAACCACCAUGCGGGCAUCAUUCUGUAAGUAAAUUCUCCUCGCAGACGGAUCCAUGCUUACUCGUGCAGGUCAUCGGCGAGCCCGGUGUUGAUCUCAACUACGAAGAGACUGUUGUUUACUCAAACGAUGCGAUACGUCCAGCAUAUCUCGUUGUGUAUGGGGAUGAACCACCUCGAACUCAAUCUACAAUGCAAACUCUCAUAAAGACAUUAUUCAAGACACCUUUGGCACAAUGA